GAUCAAUAUUCAAUAAAACGUAUAAUGAGAAAAUUUAUUGGAGUUUAAAUGAGGAUAAAGGUUACCUAUAUGAAGCCAUUAUAGAGUACCGUCGAUUCUUAAAUACAACAACAACGAGCCAGUCUACAAUCCGACGUCCAGUCCCAAUAACAAAUUUUUCUCGAACAGAGGAUUCACCGGAGGAUUCAGAAAAAUCAGAAGAAAACGUUUAUUCAAGUGCUACAAUUACUGCGAAUGAAUCCAGUUCGUCACAGUCCGAAGGUUCUCCCAAGAAUGAUGCUAUUGCCGAUAUUAAAUCCACCAAAAAACGAGGUGUUAUAGCCAACUCUCAUCGAUUAGGAAAUUUACCCGGGGAUUCAACGGAUGAAGAAAAUAAGACCGUUACUUCUAGAUUUAAUCAGAAUCCAUCUGUCGUUAUCAGCACAUCGCGGGUGAAUCAUCUCAAAGAUUCAAAAAAACCAAAGGGAAACAGAAACACUAAUACCACAAAUUACCCUACUCAAAGAACAAUCGUAAGAGCCAAAAUUAGCUCUUCCCGUGGUCCAGAAAUUGUCGGUUCGACUUCUUCUAUAACCACUACAAUUAAUUAUAAUUUCAUUCCAAGAAGACCAAUUGUUGUAGCUGUUGGUGGUAAUAGUCCAACUCGAUCCAGUCUUGGUCCGGUUUUGGUUCGGUCCAAUAGUAACGCAGACUCGGGAUCUUAG